UCCAACAUGACAAAUCGUGCGGUCAUACUAUCUGUAUACAUUGUCACCUUCCUGAUUGGCCUGCCAACCAACAUCUUGUCACUGUGCGCAUUCUCCAUCAAAGUACACAGCAAGCCCAUGUCCACCGAUAUCCUACUGCUCAACCUCACUGUGUCAGACCUCCUCUUUCUCAUUGUCUUACCGCUAAAGAUGCAUGAGGCAGCUUCAGAAAUGAAGUGGCUGUUCCCCUACUUCCUGUGCCCCAUCACCUCCUUCUUCUUCUUUUCGACCAUCUACACCAGCUCUCUUUUGCUCAUGGCUGUCAGCGUGGACCGCUACCUGGGUGUGGCUUUCCCUGUCCGCUAUAGGCUGAUGCAGAAACCACUGUAUGGUGGGAUAGCCAGUGUGAUCAUUUGGGUUGUCAGCUCAGGUCACUGUAGUAUUGUUUUCAUCACAGAGCACCUUCUCUCACGGAACACCACCUUGAACACUGAAAUCUGUUACGAUAACUUCUCUGGAGAGCAGCUGAACAUCUUGCUCCCUGUCCGGCUUGAAUCCUUUUUUGUCAUUUUCCUGGCCCCUCUCUUAAUCUGCACCUUCUGUUAUUUGAGCUGUAUUCGAAUCCUCUACUCUCAGCCAAGGAUCUGCCAGAAGAAGAAGAAGGCCAUAGGCAUGGCCCUGGGCACCCUGCUGGUGUUUGUCAUCUGCUUUCUACCAUACAAUAUCUCCCAUGUCAUUGGCUUCCUGGAGGGGAAGAGCCCAGACUGGAGGUCCUACACUCUACUGCUCAGCACCUUCAACACCUGCCUGGACCCAAUCAUCUUCUACUUUUCUUCUUCCACCUUCCAGAACAUGGUCAAAUAUCUCCCUUUCAAGGUCCUUGGACUGCGUAAAAGCAUACUGAGGUCUGAAAGACAAUCAAAGGCAACACCAGAAACUGGAAAUGGAUAUGAUCCCUGA